CGUUUCGCAACUUUCCAAAACCAUGGGAUUACAUGUGUUAUAAGAAGAAAAUAGCGAUUCAGAAAUCAGGAGAGGUUUUGAUCAUCUUGAGCUUAUUCCAAGAACGUGAAGAGAGAUAUUCGUUUUACAUCUUUAAGAUGAAUCUUGAGAGUGGCAAGUGGGAAAGAGUGGAUUCUAUUGGCGAUGAUGAGAUGUUGAUCUUUGGUCAUGGGGUUACAAUAAGGGCACCAGUUCAAGAUGUUGGUGAUGGAGUCAAGAGUGGUUCAAUCUGUUUCGUUAAAGAUGACGUUAUGCCAGGAUAUUAUUGUCCUUCAAAUUGUGGUGUCUUUGAUCUUGCCACAAUUCUUUCUAUGAUCUCUAAUCCAAGCAACAAAAUGGAUUCAGAAAUCGCUUUCGAUAGAUCUCCGGCGUUUCGAGUCUACAAGAGUGGCCGCAUUGAGCGUCUCUUAGGAGAAACAACCGUCCCACCAUCUCUAACACCACAAAACGGCGUCGUCUCCAAAGAUGUCAUCUAUUCACCGGAGAAAAACCUUUCCCUCCGCAUCUACCUCCCUGAGAAAGUCUCCGACGUCACCGUUAAAAAGCUCCCAAUCCUCAUCUACUUCCAUGGUGGUGGUUUCAUCAUAGAAACAGCUUUUUCUCCAACUUACCACACUUUCCUCACAUCCGCCGUCGCUGCCGCUAACUGCUUAGCGAUCUCAGUAAAUUACCGCCGUGCACCGGAGUUUCCGAUUCAGAUUCCAUACGAAGAUUCAUGGGAUUCUCUCAAAUGGGUUUUAACUCAUAUCACCGAAACCGGACCGGAAACUUGGAUAAACAAACACUGCGAUUUCGGAAAAGUGUUUCUAGCCGGAGAUAGCGCCGGUGGAAACAUCGCACAUCAUCUUACGAUUCGAGCGGAAAGAGAGAAACUUGAAACUGUGACCUCAGGGAUAAUCUUGAUUCAUCCAUAUUUUUGGGGGAAGACUCCAAUUGAUGAAUUUGAAGUUAGAGACGUGGGGAAGACGAAAGGUGUUGAAGGAAGUUGGAGAGUCGCAAGUCCGAAUAGUAAAGAAGGAGUUGAUGAUCCAUGGCUCAACGUUGUCGGAUCCGAAUCAUCGGAUCUAUCCGGAUUAGGUUGCGGGCGGGUUUUGGUAAUGGUAGCUGGAGAUGAUGUGUUUGUGAGACAAGGUUGGUGUUACGCGGGGAAGCUGAAGAAGAGUGGAUGGGAAGGUGAAGUUGAGGUAAUGGAGACUAAAAAUGAAGGUCAUGUUUUUCAUUUGAAGAAUCCUAAUAGUGAUAAUGCUCGUCAAGUCGUGAAGAAACUUGCAGAGUUUAUUAAUAACCGGCAGGAAAACCGUAAACGUAUACGCAUGGAUAUGCCGACCGAUUUGAUGAAGAAAGAAGAGACACAAAAAGUGUCUGACAGUCAUGAUUGGUCCAAGCUUUGUCCUGAUCUUUUGAGAAAGAUCAUCGACAGCUUGAGCUCUCUUGAUUUUUACCGAGCAAAAAUUGUUUGCUCAGAUUGGUAUUCCGUUUGGAAAACAUGCGUAAAGCGGCCUCUGCGUCCAUGGCGGAUCAUAUAUGAAGAAAAGUAUACUUAUUGUCCUUCUAUGAUGUUGUUCGAUCCCGACGAAGAAAAGAUUUAUAGGGAACUCGCAGGAGUUUCCGACAAGAGCUAUUGUUUGGCUAGCUCUGGAAACUGGCUCUUGAUGGCAGAUUCUCGUCUUGAUUUCUAUAUUGUUAACUUGUUAACGGGCAAAAGGAUCAAUCUUCCACCAAUGGAGUCUAAGAUUCGUGGUGCAGAAGUGAGAUUUAAGCAAAGCAGGCAUUGCAGCCAUUGGGGAUACCUUCUCAUCGACCAACGGUGGGAAAUCAUUUGGGAGAGGAGAAUAGCGAUUCAGAAAUCGGGAGAGGUUUUGAUCAUCUUGAGAGUUAAAGCAGGAGAUCAUUCAUGUUCGUUUUGGAUCUUUAAAAUGAAUCUUGAGAGUAGAAAAUGGGAAAGAGUAGAUUCUAUUGGAGAUGAUGAGAUGAUUAUCUUCGGUCAUGGUGCUACAAUAAGAGCACAUGUUCAAGAUGUUGGUGAUGGAGUCAAGAGUGGUUCAAUCUGGUUCGUUAAAUUUGACCAUCGACCAUUUCGUGGUGUCUUCGAUCUUGCCACAGAGCAAAAAUUGUUUGCUCAGAUUGGUAUGGCGUUUGGAAAACAUGUGCAAAGCGACGUCUAUGUCCAUGGAGGAUCGUAUGCCAAUAUGAUUCUUAUGAAUCUUGAGAGUGGCAAAUGGGAAAGAGUGCAUUCUAUUGGAGAUGAUGAGAUGUUGAUCUUUGGUCAUGGGGUUACAAUAAGAGCACCUGUUCAAGAUGCUGGUGACGGAAUCAAGAGUGGUUCUAUCUUUUUCGCCUUCGAUGGUGGUCUUCGGUCAGAUUAUCGUUGUUAUUCAGAUUGCGGUAUCUUUGAUAUUGCCACAAUGAGAUUCAAGCGAAGUAACAAGCCGGAAUAUGGCGAAUGGGGACACUUUGUCGAAUACGGCAAGUGUGGACAGUCGGCUAAGCCUUUUCGUAAGGAUCACGUGUCGAAACUCAUUUAUGGAAGCCAAAGAUCAGCUGUUCUAUGGAUAAACGAGAAGACGAGUGAUUAUGUGGUUGCUUGGAUUUUUAAACAGUAUUACUUGUUCACAUACAAGAAAGGAGAUGAAUCGUGGUGGAACUGGAAUAAUAACUGGAAACCCGGUCAAGGACGCUUAAAUUUGGGUUAUUUAGAUUUGGCUUAUGAAAACAGCAAUCUUUAUCUCUAUACAACAGAUGAUCACAUCAAGAUUAUCGAUUUCUCUAGAGAUUUUCCUAAGGAAGAAAUCGAAAAUAACCCGUAUUUGGAUCAUCCUUUCAACUAUGCUCCGCAAGGAUUGGAACUUAUUUCGAAGAGGAGAAUAGCCAUUCAGAAAUCAGGAGAGGUUUUGAUCAUCGUGAGUUUAUUAGAAGUACUACUUGAUGAAUGGACACCUUUGUUUUACAUCUUUAAGAUGAAUCUUGAGAGUGGCAAAUGGGAAAGAGUGCAUUCUAUCGGAGAUGAUGAAAUGUUGAUCUUUGGUCAUGGGGUUACAAUAAGAGCACCGGUUCAAGAUGUUGGUGAUGGAAUCAAGAAUGGUUCUAUCUGUUUUGUUAAAGAUGACGUUUGUCCAGGUCCUCCAGGAUUUGACUGUCCUUCAAAUUGCGGUGUCUUCGAUCUUGCCACAAGUGAGAUCACAUGGCCUAAUAGAGUCGGUGUUAAAACUCAAUGGUUUGUUCCAGGAUUUGUUUAGUCUUUUGUUUAACUAGUUUUUGUUCAAUUUUGAUUAAAGUACUUUAUGUUUGUUGCAGUCCUUUUCCUCUUUUUCUUGUGAUUUUUUAUUUACUAUAAGCAUGGAUUUGUUUUGAAAUAUUUCAAAAGGUUCAGAGACUAAAUUAUGUCAGCCAUU